CUUAUCAGGUACUACCACGAGACCAUCGGCAUCAAAGAGGCUGCCCGGAUCAAGGCAGCCGAAGAAGCUGCUGACUUCUCCGGCGUCAGAAUCGUUGGAGGCUCCAAUGCUGCCCUGGGGCAAUUCCCGCACAUGGGCGGUCUGGUUAUUAGACUGAAUAUAAUAUUGACCUCAGUCUGCGGGUCUUCGAUGAUAUCCAACACCCGCGCCGUCACCGCCGCUCAUUGCUGGUGGGACGGAAGGAACCAAGCUAGUGAGUUCACCGUUGUUUAUGGAUCCAUUACCCUGUUCAGCGGAGGUACCAGGGUUAACACCAAUAACGUGGUCAUGCAUUCUAACUGGAACCCCAACACGGUAGCGAACGACAUUGCUAUCAUCACACACAGCCACGUUGAAUACACCAACAACAUCCGUGCUAUUCCCCUGGCUUCUGGAUCCAAUUUGUUCGUGGGCGUGAAUGCGCAAGCGGCUGGCUUUGGACGUCAAUCAGACAACGCAGGCAUCGGCACAAACCAGCAGCUCCAUCACGUUACUCUCCAGGUGAUAACCAACGCAGUUUGCUCGAGCACAUACGGCGCAAUUCCUGCUUCUAACAUUUGUACCUCUGGUGCUGGAGGACGCUCUGUGUGCGGCGGAGACUCUGGCGGUCCCCUGGCAUACGACGGCGUACUGAUCGGUGUCGUGUCCUUCGGCCACGUCGCCGGAUGCCAAGUGGGCCACCCACAAGCUUACGCCAGGGUGACCUCCUACAACUCCUGGAUCACAUCCGGAUUGUAAAUCUGUGAACGCCAAAGAAGAUAGUAAAUUAUCAUGUCGAUUAAUGAAAUAUAUGCAUUCGUCUUCAA